AUGUUUCCCGCUCAGAAGCAAGCAGGCGCUUUCACCACGGAUGAGCUAGAAUGGCUUGCGAAGAAGAGCUACAACCUUGCGCUGAGACUACAGGACUCAGAAAAAGCAGAGCAGACCCUGGAUCUCCUUGAAAUAUCCAUCAAGAAAACCCAUUACACAGCAGCCCACGCAUCCAGCAUCGCCUUCCAAGCCAACCUGACCGAUCAUCUCCAGUGGCCCUACAACCCCGAAGCAACCUCAAGCCCAACCUCAAACUUGCCUCAAAACGCCAUUCCUACUGUAAAUGCAAGCUCCGAUUUAGACAGUAACACCCUCUGGCUCCCAAAAUACCGCAUCAUGCUCGCCCUCGACCUAGAAGCCUCAAUCCACCUCAACAGCGGCGAUAACACCAGCAGCAGCAACUGGACCCACAUAACCAACCUAAUCAACCUCUCCUCUCCCAUACUCACCCCCCAACUAACAGCAAUCUACCUCGAUAUCCUCCUUCGGGCUAGCACCACCACCCCUCUCCCAAAUAUCGUCCAAGCCAUCAAGCUUCUCCUCCGAACAAUCCACACCUCGCCCUCCCCCGACCUAAACGAGUCCACCACCACCAUGCAUCAGACCCUCCCCCCGUACCUGCACGUGCUGUACCAGCUCGCCCUCGAUGCAAGACAGCCCGAACUCGCGGAGUCGGUCCUCGACCAGGUCCUAGUCCUUGUGCGGGACUGGAAGAUGACCGAGUUUUCGGAGAGGGAGGUGCAGUGGAUGGCGUCCGUGGCGUUCAAUCGGGCGGUGGAUUUCUAUCUGGCCGGGCAGGAUGAGGAGUGUCGGCGGUGGGCGGGAAAGGCGAUUGCGUUAGCGGACUUGCUGCUGCUGGUGGUGGGUGGGGAGGAUGGCGGGGGUGCGUUUGGGAAGUUGUUAAGGGCGCGGUACGGGAAGUUGAUGGUGGGAGGGUUGGAAGCACCCGGGUCAAUGGGGACGAAUUAG